CAACUGAAGCUCUUGCCUCCGUCGCUCCUCCCACGUCCCAGCAAGUUCAGCUUCUACCCGCGCGUGCUUUGCUACAUCGAACAACGUCCAACUAAGUCUCAUCAUCGCACGAGACUGACUUCCGUCAACACGCCCGAGGAGCAGGCCAUCGCCUUCCUUCUGACCUGCUGGAAAAUUCUCAGAAGGGAAAGGUACGUAGCAGCCAGCUUCAACCCAGCUUUCGCACAAUGUCUCCAAAUUCGCAAUAUCAAUUGGGACAAUGUCUCACUCGAUAUUGGUGUCAAUAUGACUGCCGAAGCGGCCAGCAGAAAGUACUACUUCAGCAUUGUGAAGAAUGCCAAAGAGUUUGACCGCUCUGACAAGUAUCCCGAAAUCCCCGGAGACCCUUCCUGGCAGUCCGUUACGGCCGAGGAGAUUGGCCCCAUCGUCAUUAUUGAAGACUCAAAUGAUACAUUAUGUAGCGAAGAUACACUUCGGAUCCUGAUCCAUUGUCCUCACCCCUAUCUACAGCCUCAAGGUCUUGUUCAUUUACACAUCGAGCCUAUGACAUACCUUUGCUUAGGGAAUGAAGACAAGUAUCUUUGA